GAGACUCUAGUGUUGGUAUCCGGACAGCGCCGUUCCGCCUGCAGUCAUCUCCACCUCGGCCUUAACUUGCCCGCUUGUCGGCUGCGUGCAGAGUCCAGACUCAGAGUGAUGCACCACCACUCCAACUUCCUCCCCACCCACUCUAAAGUCCUCCUCCUCCUCCUCCUCCUCUUCAUCACCCUCCACACCCCAAACACCGCGAUGGCUGCUACCAAGAAGCUUCUAGUGGGCUAUGUCCCCGAGCAUUUCUCGGCACCGCUACUCCAGCUGCUCGAGCACGACAAGGAGCUCGCAGAAUGGGUCGAGCUGGUGCCCAACCCGAGCGGGACCGGACAGAUGAUCAGCGCCCUCAAGGAGCGCUCCAUCCAUCUCGCCGUCGCACUCACCGAGUCGCUCAUCGCCGGGAUCAUCCUCGGCAAAGGGGACUACAAACUCAUCGGCACCUAUGUCACCAGCCCCUUGAACUGGGCCGUCAUCACUGGGGCUAACACCAAGUACAAAUCGAUCGCCGACUUGAAAGGCCAAAAGAUGGGAAUCAGUCGUCCAGGCUCUGGCUCACAAGUGAUGGCCUCCGUCAUGGCGCUCCAACAAGGCUGGGCUAACUCUCCCGACUCGGCCCUCGAAUUUGUCGUGAAAGACUCGUUUAAAAACUUAAGAGACUCCGUCAACGACGGCUCCACUGCGGCCUUCAUGUGGGAAUGGUUUACAACUAAGCCUUACCAGGACUCGGGAGAAGUCAAGUUUAUCGGCAGCCAGCCCACGCCCUGGGAAUCUUGGAUGAUCGCUGCGUCCCCUGAAUCGGUCGAUCCCGAGCUCCUGGCGCCCGAGAAGCUGCGGUUAUUCUUGAGCAAACUGGACGAAUCGAUCCACAGGUUCGGGGCCGAACUCGGGAUCCGUAGCCCCGAGGAUGUCAAAUACAUCCAGGACACGUUCCAUCAAAAGGAGGAAGACGUUAAAGAAUGGAUGAAAGGCGUCAGUUAUCCGAAGAAAACUCACGAGAUCUCUCAGAAGACCUUGCAGGAAACCGUCAAGGAUUUGGGACUGGCCGGAGUGAUCCUGGACGCCAGCAAGGUCGUGAUACCUGACCAACUCGUCAACACUGAUGUCGCCAAGGUGAUCCAAACCUGAGCGGAAAGUGUGUGUAUGUAUGGGUCCAAAGAAGCCCCGCAAUCUCUUUCCUCAAUUGUCUCUUCUUCUUCUUGUAUGAAUCCCUGGGGUCUUCUUCAAUGACUCGAGAGCAUUGUACAAUCAUCAGCAUGUGGCAUGUUUCUCUUUGUCUAGCUGUUCUAUACGCACGAAUCUAUCGUUGUGAAAAAAAAGAAGAAGAAAAAAAAAUCGUUUUUAUUCUCUUGUCUGUCUGCCCUUAAAAGGCUUGAAUGCAUUCACAAUCUAUCUACACCCGUCCAUGGGAUUUCCUGGGCAAGACCCCAAUGAGAUGUAUGAUAAAUAUCUGUCCACUUGACUUAUACUCUAUAGAUGAUACUGCGGAAUCCAGAAAUCAUCGAAUGCGUGCGUGUG